AGCUGUGCAGUAGCGGUGCUUCUCGCUUCAUUUUCUGAACAAUUUAUUUAUUUAAAACAUUUAUUUUGAAAGCUGCAGUUAAUAUAUGCAAAUUCUUUAAAAUAUUUAUAACUUUUUAAUAAGACUUUCGUAUAUACGACACUUUAACUAGAAAUUUGAGCGUUAGUUGAUACCGUAUUCAAUUUUGGGACGCUUGCGCUAACGAUAUCUUAUUUAUUAUCUGAAGCAGAAUCCUAUACGAAUUUACCAAACGAAAUUAUAUACGCAAAAUUACCACAGCGUUAAGGUGCUGAAUGAUGGUGUGAAGUAAACGGCAGCUAUACUAUCAUCCUGACGGCAACAUGGCGGAUGAUAAUAAAGCGGGAGGCGGAGAAUUGAAUGAUAACAACACACAAGAAGAAAUGGAUGUGGGCAACGAAAAAGACCCAGAAAAAUGUGUGGUAAACGGAGGAGAAAAUGGCGUGAGAAACAGCGAAGAAAAACUUACAGUGGCUGAUAAUGAUGAGGGAAUGGAAGACUUAGAAGAAAGUAAAACGGAGGGGGCGGAAGAUGAGAGAUGUCUAACGCAAGAAGAAACACUGGUUGAGUUUCACGAUGAAGCAACCGCAGGCGAAUCCACAGAGGUUGCUGAAACUGAAGACAAACCUUAUGAAACGCCAUUCGAAAUCGAAGAUACCAAAAAAUCUGGUUUGCAUGAGGUUGAACCAACAGACAAAAAUCCUGCUAGAGAAGAAAUUACCGAAAAUAUUGAAGAGAAAGAGAACCUAAGACCAGCGUCAAUUGAAAAGAAUGAACAUCCUCAAGAAUGUCUGUCAGUCAGCGCCGCAAAAGAAGCUGAAACAGAAAACAACCUUGAGAAUGAGGUUGCAAGUCCCCAGGAUGCCAAAAAAAGCCUUGAGGACACUGAUAAAAGUCCACUGAAUGCCGAAAUAAGUACAGAGAGCACCAAUAAAAGUCCAGAUGACGCCGAAGAAAGUCCACGAAGUGCCGAAAAAAGUCCCCAUGUUGUCAAAAUAAGUUCCCAGAGUGCCGAAAAAAGUUCAUUGAGGCUAGAUCAAAGUCCUUACCGAUCCGUAAUAAGUCCAUAUCGAUCGGAAAGUUCUGGUAAACCUGAAGAAGAUGACGCACCAAUCGAGAAAAGAGUUAAACUUUCUUCAGUGGAAAUAAGAAUCCCGAACUUGAAGGCUCAGCUCAACAACAUCAUAAAAGAAACGGAGGAAACUGUCCAGGCGCCGCCACCCGUUGAAGAUUCAGAAGAAGUACAAGAAAUCGGGGAAGAUGGACAGGUGUACCACACGUGGCGUCCGAAAGGCCGUUAUGAACUAGAACACACCGAAAUAAUGAGGGAAGAAGUGGUGCCAAUAUCUGUUAGUGAUGUGCCAGAGCCUCCUCCUGUUGUUCAGCAACAGUCUGAGCCACAACCUGAGCCUGAUGCUGCCGAGAGAGAUGAACAACAGCAACAACAGCAACAGCUCGGUGAAGGGGGGCCUCUAAUAAUCCAAACGCAUUUACCGAACGGCGAACUUGGAUCACCAAUAGAAAUACCAGAGGGCAUUCCUUUACUGGCAAGAAUUUUGCCACCGGAAGAAGAUUCUAGCAGGGAGAAGAUUCCUCUGGAGCGACUCUUUACCCCAGCCACCGACUCCGG